CAUUUCCAGCCUAAAGGGCGAAACAGCCUGUGCAUUUGUUCUAAGCCAGGCCGGCCGGACAAUGAACUUCUCAAGGAUCUCGUCCUACCGACGCAUUUUCCAGGAGAGUCCAUGUGGGUCUGGUCCUGUAGUCAGUUACCAGUGGAACCGCAGAGAAAGGGGAGGUUACUUGGGAGGUGAUGACGAAAUUGACUUCCAAAGCUUUAGCGCAGUUAACCAGAAAUACCUUCACGAGUGCUGGGCGGAUAGGAGUCAGAUAGCAGCCUUGAAUGACCGCCUCGUGAGCCUCAUCGAGUAUAGCCGUUUCUUGGAGGAGGAGAAUGCGAUUCUCGAACAAGAAAUAGAAGGGAAAGAGGCAGAGCCAACUGUCGGAGGGACUCAGACACUGGAAGUCCUUGACCUGAAUGCAAUUGUGGAGGAACUGAGGAAAGAAAAAGAUGAGAUAAUAACUCAGACCACUGAACUCGGGAAAGAACUGGAUGCCCAGAUUGGGAGAUAUGAAGAGAGUGUGGAGAAGCAUCUGGAGGCAAAGGAGGAGCUUGAGGAGUUGGCACAGGAAAUUGAUGCCACCACUGCUCAGUGCCUGGCGAUGAAGGAUCAGAUCAAAAUUCUAGAGGACCAGCUGGUCUUCAUGGAGCGAUCCCAAGAGCAAGAUCUCAAGAAACUCUCUGACCCAGAAGACAGGUGUCUGACUCUGGCUAUGCAAUUCCGAUCCCCAGACAUGAGUGCAACUGUUCAGGACCUCAAGGCGUACUACAGUGAACUGGUGGCUGGUUUACAGUUUGACGGACGGACAUCUGACCAGUUUGACUCGGUGCCCAGACAGGCGACAACUGUAGAUACGAUUGGUAAAACUGAAGAUUACAGCAAAGAGAUCACUGAACUGGAAAACCAACUGGAGGAUCUCAGGGUGAGAAAUGCUGAACUCAGCACCGAGGUGGAAGAAAGAGAAGAGUCAUAUGAAGAAGAAAUUGCAUACAAUGAGGAACAGAUGAGUGAACUGGAAAAGAAACUGCAUACGCUUAAACAGGAUAUGAAGAUACACCUAGCCGAGUAUGAGGAGCUGCUGAAUGCUAAAAUGGCCCUUGACAUUGAAAUAGCAUCUUACAGGGGCUUCAUCGAAGAAGAAGAUGAAAGACUCUGUGCGCUUUAAAACGCAGACAGUACAGAAUGACAGACAAGAUCUGGAUUUUAUUUCCAAAUUACUUGUCAUUUCUAACCGAUCUCACGUGGUAAGCUAUAUAAACAUCCACAAAUAUACGGAUUUCUGCAGCCUCGGUUUUCUGCCUCUUAUUUGUUUGAAGUCUUCUUGUUCUUUUUUGCAGCAACUGAUCUUAUUGCCUCCAAACUCAGCUGAAUCUGCUUUCACCAUCUCACUGCUAUUCGAUAAGCCCACCUCACCCUUUUCCAAUUAAUAAAUAAAGAUUUUUUUUACAUUUAAUACAGCUCUCCAUCAUGUCAU